UCAGGACUUCGCCUUCGGCAUGCAGCGCCAGCGGGACCUGGUCUGCGCCAGCGGCUUCAGCGGGCCGUCGUACCUCUGCGCUCUGCUGUGCCUGAGCCUAUGCGGGUACGACGCUUCGAGGGCCUGGGUGCGCAAGCUGAAGCCGCAGUUCCGCAACCUGUGCCACAUCGUAUUCGCCGUGGUGCUCAGCAGCAUUGCCAUCAUCAACGGCCUCUCGGACAUAGUGGAACAACGCCAGUAUAGUAUGGACGUCGUGAUGGCGUUUGCCUUCACUCUUCUGCUGUACGGCAGCCCAGUGAUGGCGAUCAUAUCGGACGUCUUCUUGAUCAGUGGCUCUCCCCUUGCGGAUGUGAAGGACCAGGAGGGCUUCGACACGGGCGACGUGG